GGAGCAGGUAGAGCUGAUUUGCAACCCGCCGACGAGGCAGCAAAGAAGAAAGCAAAAUGUCGCUUCACUCGACCACGACCGUUCUAGGAUCAGUGGGUUCUUAAGCGAGAAAGUCGGAAGCAUCUGCUCAUACCCAAAUUGACGAUGAACCUCCUCCAAAUAUAACAACAAAGUAAACAGUUAAACUGCAAGUUACUUACUACCCGAUCCACUGAUUCAGUGACAAGAUGGAGCAAUCUACAAGGGUGGUGGGCCUGGAUGCUCAGGGCAACAUGGUUUUCACUAUGGUGAAGCCAGUCAUGGGAAUAUUUCAAGUGUCCUCAGACCAAAUGAUGACCCAGGGGGGGAUGAGUCUGCAGAGUUUACCUGAAAACACGCUGGUCCUGCCUCCUCCACAAGAUCAGGUCCCAUUGGAGACCACCCAGGUGGAGAUGCAUGCCAUCCAGCCUCAUCUCCAGACUCAGAUGCAGGUGUCUGCCACAUUACAGACUGAGGAAGCCAUCCACAGUCAGCCACAGAACUCCAGUACCACUUCAGAGUUCUCCACACAGAUGCCCUUUGCGGAGGUGUCAUCACUCCUGGAUCCCAACAUGAAAGGAUCCAAGGCUAGGAAACAUCUCAUCUCCUACGAUGAGAUCAAGCGCCGUCUCCAGGCUCCGGAGAAGAUGUCCCUGCGCUCGUUGGCCGCCUACACGCGAGUGAGCCGAGGUCCAGCUAGCAAGAAGACGCUGCUGGAGUCCCUGAGCGUCCUUGGCCUCACACCUAGCACGACGACCUCUGUUUCCUCAUCCUUCUCCAAACUCACAGAAGGUGACACCAGAGCAUUGUGUGACGACAUGAAGGACUUCUCCCAUGACUACAUUGACUACGGCAACAUGGCCAAACAGCUCAUCCCUGAAACAAACACAGUCCAACACUGGUCCAAAAUCAUCGAGACCAAGAAUCACCUGGAGGACAUGCGCAAUUGUUUCAAGGACCCGGUCAACAGCGGCGCCUUCGACAGCGCUACGCACGGCCUCGGUCUGGGAAUGCUGGACGUUGCCCUGGACAUGAUCAUCACCACAAUCAAACAUCAGAUCCGCAUCCUCUCCGGUGCCGCCGCCGAGCCUCCGGAGUCUGCCGCGCCGACUCACCGCAUCCGCCGGCGACAACGCCGGUGUCACAAGGCGAGCCUCGCCGUCAAGGAGCAAGGGAAGGUCAUCUCAAAAAGCAAAGGACGAAGCAGAGGAAAGAAGAAGGUCCAGCAGGAAAAUACAGCGGAGGUGGAGCCCUGCAAGACGGAAUCCAUGCAAGGCAACGUGCUAACUUUGGUGUCUGUGGGCUAUGAGACUGUUUCCACCGGUCUUGGUGGCUCCACACCGGCUUGACAUGUCACCGUGUUUACAUUUAUCAGAUUGUGCUCAGGAAGGACCAAAAAGAUUCAAAGAAUAUCUGUAGUAUUUGUAUUUACUGUAUGUUCAAAUCCAGGUCUCUCUCUGGUUAUUAAGAAUUGCUAGCAAACCAUAAAGAUA